AUGUUCCAGCAAAGUGACUUGCAGUGCCCAAUUCUCAUCGUGGUGAUAUUGAUUGGUGGAUAUGUUGUUCUUGGUGAAGCCGGUGACAGUGACCUAAAUGAGGUGCGCAUUGGCUUCGGUACAUCGUUCAGUGCGAGGCGCGAUGUACGGUUUCAUCUUUACACACCGCUAAACCGUGCAGACGCCCAUGUCUUCUCGAUCGACACGGUGGAUACGCUGAUGCGUUCGUUCUACAAUUCUAGUCAUCCUGUUAGAAUCAUCAUUCACGGCUGGUUCAACAAUGGCAGCUCGUUGAUAAUACAAGGCGUAAAGGAUGCGUAUCUAGAUGCCGGUAGCUACAACGUGAUCGGUGUUGAUUGGGGUGUUGGUGCAGGAGAGUCCUACUUUCGUGCCUCCCAGUAUACGAUCGCAGUAGGAUUGGUAGUGGCGGAUCUGGUCAAUCAGCUCGUACGCUCCAACAUGACCGACAUCGAACGGCUCUACCUGGUAGGCCACAGCCUUGGAGCACACAUCGCGGGUAAUGCGGGCCACUCACUGAAAACACACCAGCUGCAGGUGAUCUAUGGGCUUGAUCCUGCGUCGAUCAAUUUCUUCCAGGAUGAGCCAGACUCACGCCUUAGCCCGGACGAUGCGGCGUACGUGGAAGUCAUUCACACCAACACACAGUUUUCCGGCUAUCCAGCCCCACUAGGACAUGUCGAUUUCUACAUGAACUAUGGUCGAAAGCAACCGGGCUGCAAAACGGACGUCUGUAGCCAUGGCCGCUCAACGGAGUAUUUUAUCGAAUCGCUGACGCAUGCAUCAAAAGGAUUCUGGGGCGUUAGAUGUACCGAUUACAACGAGAUCCGCCAGCGGACCUGCUACAACAUCAAGCAGCAGGCAAGGAUGGGCGGUGAGUUCUGGCAGAAGAACAAUACUGCCGGCGUGUACACGGUCGAAACACUUGCCGAGUCACCGUACGCGAUGGGUUACGUGCACUAA